GUAUUUUCAGAUUACAAAUAUUCAGAAGACAGUAAUGAUAACUUAUCGUACAUUAAUUGUCGACUUGUGGUACCAUCCGUGAUAUUCGCAAUAAUCAGUAUAAUGGCAAUUUCACUUGGAAUUACUCUGGGCCAUUUCUAUGAUUUAAAACGAAAAGAAGAAGGCAAUAUUCCAACUUGGUUAAAUGCAUCUGGAUGGUACUCUAAUCACUGCCAAAAUUCUACUUCUGUUACGGUACCCGAAAAAUACUUACCGUCGAUAUUACGAAUUCUAGAGCUUACUGUACAAGCGAAUGUGUUAUUCCGUGUUGCUACAUGUAUACCAAACUCUCUUCGCAUUUUCCAAAGUUAUUUGAACAGUGUUAUGAAUAGUUAUUUUUGUCCUGACAUCAAGGAAUGGCGAUGGUAUCGUAUUUGUAAUACCAUUACACCAAUUUUAUUGCUAUUUGAAGUUUCUGCUUGUACUGUAUUUUCCAUUAACACUAUUAGACAAGAUUAUCAAAUAUACAAAAUAGCAUUCCACUGCUUUUUAAUGAGUGCUUUAAUGCAUAUGGUCACGAGCACAGCGGCAGCCAUUUACCGAACGAACAAGAAAUUUGAAAUUAUCGAUCGGAUAUCUGUAAUGAUCAAAUUGAUCAGUUUUAUUACGUUUGGUACUACAGCCCCAAAAGUAGCAGUUACUCAUAAUUCAUUUAUAAACCUUCCAGGCUGUCAUUAUUAUGUUCCAGCUUACCAGGCACUUUUUGAAUACGCAUUAAUUGUUUCCAACGCAGCAUUCCAUCUCACUGCGAUUAUUGACACGCGAAACUUAAGAUUUCUUUUGUAUCCACGGACUUGUUCCGGUGAAUGUGAACCUCUGUCUCCAAGAAAUUUUCAGAAAGGUGGUAAGUUUGAGCACUGUCGAUCAGAACAUCAUUUAGAUAAAAAGCGAUUGAAAAAUUCACUGAAAAUGAGACAGACCAGAUCCUAA